AUGGCUCUCUCUUGGCUGGGAGGCAUGGAGCCAAGCGCGCCUUUGGUGGGGAGGUCCCUAGGAAUCGCAGCUCUGGCCGCGCUGGCGAUAUUCUUCACACGUCUCUAUCAGCACAGAACCCGUUUUCGCAACAUGAUGAAGAAACACGAUAUUCCCAUCUUGCCUCACUCGUUCUUAUUUGGCCAUCUGAUAGCUGUGGGCAAAGCCCUCGCCUCUUACCCGUCAGACUUCUCUAAACUCGGGAUUAUAUAUGCCAUGACCAAAGUGUACCCAGAAAUCUGCGAGUACGGCCUGAUAUAUUUCGACACAUGGCCGCUGGGCGAGCCGACACUCGCUGUCUUCAAUCCUGACCUAAUGGCGCAGUUUACCCAGGAUAGGUCCUUCCUGAAGGCACCCAUGGUCAGGGUCGAACUUGAGCCUCUGACAGAUCUGCACGAUAUUGUGACUAUGGAGGGCCAAGAAUGGAAGACUUGGCGCAGUGUCUUCAACCCUGGGUUCUCGGCGAAGAACUUGACUGCACUGUUGCCUGCCUUCCUGGAGGAGAUACAAGUGCUCAAGGAGAGGCUUGUGAAAGUUGCUAGAUCAGGCGAGGUGGUCAAAAUGGAGGGAACAAUCCAGCGGGCGACCGUUGAUGUCAUCUUCCGGGCAGCAUUGGGUAUCAGACUGCACAGCCAAAUAAGAGAAACUCCGUUCGUCACGACAUUACAGAACCAGAUCUGGUGGCUUGUCUGCGACACAAGUCUUCCUAACCUGAUAAAGACCAUGAUCCCGUUCAGACGACUUAUGAUAUGGAACAACAACCGCAAGAUGAAGAAGUUUCUCGCUCCCUUGAUCGAGGAAGAUAUAUCGAGACUGGAUAGGGGUGAGCUAUCGGAGGCCAAGACCAUCAACUACCUCGCCAUCAAAGCCUACCGGUCUGAGGUCCAGCAGUCAGGGGCCACCAGCAAGACGCAACGUGUCGACCCCAAGUUCUUGGACUUCGCCAUCUCGCAGCUCAAGAUCUUCAUCUUUGCCGGCCAUGAUACCACGGCCUCCACCGUAUCAUUCGCCUACAGCCGCCUGUACCGCGACGCAGGAGUCCUGGCAAAGACCCGCGCCGAGCACGACCAGGUCCUCGGACCAGACCCAUCUCAGGCUUUCGCCCGCCUGACCGAGAACCCGAACCUCCUAAACCAGAUGCCCUACACGACGGCGGUGAUCAAGGAGACGCUCCGCCUCUACCCACCCGCCGCGACGGCACGAAUCGGCGCCCCUGACGGAUUCCUGACGCACCCAGACACGGGCAAGGUUUACCCGACCGACGGCCUCAUGCUCUGGUCCACCAGCUUCGCCACGCACCGGAUGGAGGAGUAUUGGGAACGACCCGAGGAGUUCCUCCCGGAGCGGUGGAUGACGCGCGACGAGAGCGACCCGCUGCACCCGCGCAAGAACGCAUGGAGGCCCUUUGAGCUCGGCCCGAGAAACUGUAUCGGACAGGAGCUCGCCCAGGUGGAGAUGCGCGCGAUCCUGGCGAUGACGGUCCGCGAGCUAGAUAUCGAGCCCGCGUACCCUGCUGAUGCUCCUGAGGCUCUGGGUGAAAAGGCUUAUCAAACGAUGGGCUUCGGUGACAUCACCGGGCAUGUGAAGGAUGGCUUCCCCGUGAGGGUGAAAAUUAAUGCCGGUGAGAAGUAG